AUUGGUAAAAUUGUAUUCUUUAGAAAUUUAAAACCAAUAGUGUUUUUCUGAAAGUACUUUUAAUUUAAAAUCGAGCAGCGAUAAUUUAUUUUGACAAGCGCUAGAUCCGCUACAGUUAGAAUCUAUGACGACUCAGAAAUUAUCAACAUCGAGCUAGGCGAAAAUCGUCAAUUGGAAAACUUGGAACAGAACAAAAGUCGUGAAAUGGAAAACAUGCAGCAGAACGAAAGUUGUCAAAUGGAAAAUGUUCAUGACCUUCACGAGGAAAACGAUGGUUCACGGUGUUGUUUUCCUUGUACAUGGAGCCUUAUAGAUCGACAAAAACAAAAAAAUGACUACAUUUAUCAAGAGGCAGCCAUAUAUUUAGAGAAAGGCGAAGCCAAUGAAUUGUACCAUGAAUUCAACGACCAUCUUGGCAAAUAUCGUUUUAUGUGUUAUCUAAUUGUUCAUUCAAAAUUAUACAAAAUAGUGGACAUUUUUACAUCGGUGGGGCUUCUUGCACUUGCAGCUGUUGAACCGCCAGCAAAGUUUGGAAUGACUAUUGAAAUAUGGAUUCAUGGAGUCCUUGAGAUUGUCUUUCUAUUCAUAGUGUUCAGCAUAUUUGUCAUCAAGAUUAAAUGGCAGGGAAUUAAGUACUCAAAGACUCACAAACGGACUAUUUUUAAGUUUCUAUUCAUUGUGAUCAUGACAGUUGAAGUAAUAGUUGUUAUGAUACGAAAUGACUCGCAUUUUCGGGUAACUAGAGCACUACGUCCAUUGUUUCUUCUCGACACCUACUAUUUUUGUGGAGUACGCAGAGUUUUGCGUACUAUACUAAAGUCAUUGGUUCCAGUUUUGGACAUUUUUGCUUUACUCUUGUUCUUUAUGAUAAUAUUUUCCAUUCUUGGUUUUUACUUUUUUUCAACUAAUGAAGAUGAUCCAAAUUUCAGUACAAUUCAUGAAAGUUUUAUCAAUCUAUUUAUACUUGUUACAACUGCCAAUUUUCCUGAUGUGAUGAUGCCAGCCUACCAUAAAAACAAAGGAUCUGCGUUUUUUUUCGUUAUCUACAUUUCCAUUGCGCUUUAUUUUCUAAUGAAUCUUGUUCUUGCCACAGUCUACUCAACAUUUUCAUUAAAAAAUAAAAAGAAAUUUAAAGACCUUUACUUUCACAAGCAGAAAGGUGUAGAACUGGCAUUUAAGAAGAUUAAAGAGAUUGAACCGAAUGAAGGUGGCAUUGAUUUAGUCAAAUUUUGUGGACUAAUGAAAUAUUUUAAACCUAGAAUGUCGCCUUUGAGUAAAAAACUCUUGUUUAAACAUCUUGAUAAAGGAAAAACUGGAAAAUUAAAUCUUGAGGAAUUUCGUGGUAUUUAUGAUGCAAGUAAACUUUCAUGGCAUUGUAUUGCAAAUGACACAUGGUUUGAGUUAUAUAAUAUGCCAGCAAUUUGUCAAAAAAUAUUGAAUGGGAUUCAUUAUUGUGUUACAAAAGAAGUCUCGUGCAAUUUUCUCUUCGCGGAAAACAAGGUGCAGAGGAACGUUCGUAAAUUCGAAAAAAUUUCAUUGGAAUUGGAAAUUCGUGGAAUGGAAAAUCUUCGUGACCAGCACGAAGAAAACGAUGAUUUAAAGUGUUUGUUUGCCCGUAAAGUCAGAGAGAUACUUAAAGGCCACAAUUGUUCCUUCAAGUUGUUUGACAUUUUAAUAUUUGCUGUCAUUUUUGCUAAUGGUUGUGUGGUCACUGUGGAAGUCAUUAUGCAGUCAAUCAAGGAACCAUCUGAACGAAAUCUUAGUGGAAGAAAAUGGCAUUCUCACGUUUUCACUUCAAUUUAUACUGUUGAGGCUUUAUUGAAGUUACUUGCUUUUGGUAUUCGUGGUUAUUUUGAUUCAUUUUGGAAUUGGUUUGAUUUAUCAGUAACAAUACUCAACAUUUUGGAGAGUUUUGAUACAGGGUUAACUUUCGCCAUUUUCCUUCGACCAAUUAGAUUAUUGCUACUGUUCAAACUUUUUAAGACAUAUCGCGUCAUCUUUGACAGUUUAAGAAUUCUUUUACCAAGUUUGGUGAAUUUAGGUAUAGUUAUUAUACUGUUUUAUUAUUUUUUUGCCAUCAUUGGAAUGGAAAUAUUUGCUGGUGUUGAUUUGAAAUCUUGCUGCAGAAACGAUUCCAUCCUGUAUCAAUAUGAGGAAAAUGGAUAUUACUACUUAAAUAACUUCAACAAUUUUUAUCAUUCUUUUGUGACUCUUUUUGAGUUAACAGCUGUCAAUAAUUGGCAUGUUAUUAUGGAAGGUUUUGCACAAGCUACAACGGAAUGGAGUCGCAUAUUUUUCAUGAUAUUUUACAUCGUUAUUUUGGCUGUAAUGACGAUCGUUGUUGCGUUUAUCCUGGAUGCAUUCACUUUUUCUAUUAAGUUUCAAAGCAAACAUCAAAACGUGCGGAGAAGUCAACAUAAGAUUAAGUGUGAAAUAAGCCUUACUAAAGAAGAAUUUGACGAUCCUCGUUAUUCCAGAUUACAAUCGGAAACAUUUAAGUUUGUUGGAAAACGUGUUUUGACUCGUGAUGAUCUGUAUGAAAAAAUGUACAGUGAUGAACUGAAGGCGGAAUCCUGUUUAAAGAAGACAACUUCAUGCCCAGCAGUCUUUGCGUGCCUCCAGUAACGUUGAUGAAAACCCUCUGUUUUACAUGUCGAGGAACACGCUUGACAAAAUAUACACUUUUUGAUGUAAACUGUUUCUUUUUAAAGCAAGCAACCAACGCAUACUUUUUAAACAUUUAAUGUUAUAAGUUAUUUUUGCUAUUAAAUGUAAUUUAAGGUCAUAAUUUUUACUGAAUAUUAAUGUAAUAAGUCAUAGGUUAACUUAUUAAAUCAACAGCAGUUUAGAAGUGCAUUUAAAUUAAUAUAAAGCAUCAUUUGAUAACUAAACAUUCCAAAAAAUACUUUAAUGACUAUUUUGUGACAACUGUAAAGAAUGAUAGUCUUGAAAUCAAUAAAGUUAGAAAAUUCGUAUUUAA